AUGGUGGAGUCAUUCGUCCCAGACGUCCCAUUCAGCAGCUAUACGCCGAGGGUCGCAAUCGUCACUGGUGGCUCUCAGGGCAUCGGAUAUGCUAUUGCGAAAAGGCUUGCGGAUGAUGGAAUUGAUGUUGCUAUUAACGAUGUACGCUCAAAGCAACAACAGAUUGACGCAGUUGUAGAAGAAAUCAUAAAGAAAGGCCGACGUGCAAUCGCUGUACCAGGAGAUGUGUCCUCCGAAGCGGACGUCAUAUCUAUAGUUGAGAAGACGGCGAGUGAACUAGGAGGUGUGGAUAUCAUGGUCGCAAAUGCAGGGAUUGGCACGUUCAAGUCCAUCCUGGACACCACACUUGAGAAGUUCGAAGAGAUUCACGCCGUCAACAACCGUGGGGUCUUCUUAUGCCUUAAAUAUGCUGCAGCACAGAUGGUCAAGCAGGGUCGUGGCGGAAGACUAAUAGCUGCAAGCUCGGUAGUCGGAAAGACAGGAAGUCUCGGUUUUGCGGCUUACUGUGCUUCAAAAUUUGCUGUGCGAGGCAUAACGCAAUCCGCCUCUGCAGAUCUACGCAAAUAUGGAAUUACGGUCAAUACAUAUGCGCCCGGUGUCAUUCGUACUGCUAUGUUGUCUGGACCCGAUGACGAAUCCAUUAAAACGUUGUCUGCAAAUCCAAUAUUCGGCGAACCCGAGACAGUUGCCAGUCUGGUCGCGUACUAUGCUAGACCUGAAUCCUAUUUCAUAAAUGGUAUUCACUUCCGUUAA